AUGUCGAGUUUCGACGAAGAUUCAGUUUCAUACAUUCGUAAAUAUACAAUAGAUCCCGAAAUGUUAAACACUUUCGUUGCUUUUCUUGGAGAUGAAGAUGAAGAAUCAGGGAGCUCGACAAUGACAAACAUACCAAGAAUACCAAGAAGAACCGUAACCAGAAACCAUGUGGAAGCCGCGACACGUUUAUUUAACCAUUACUUUGCCCCGGAACUCGUUUACCCUGCUGAUUAUUUUCGAAGGCGUUUUCGAAUGCCCAAAGAAUAUUUAUUCUUGGCUUAUGCUUCUACUGCCGACCAGUUAGAUGAAUACCUAGAAAUGGGUGCCCAAACAUCAUACGAGUCGUUGAACCACUUCUGUAAAUGUGUUACUCAGUUAUAUCACUCUGAGUUUUUUAGAAGACCGACACAAGAAGAUGUUAACCGAGUGACUGCUAAACACAAGGCGGUGCAUGGUUUUCCGGGUAUGCUUGGAAGCAUUGAUUGUAUGCUUUGGGCUUGGAGAAACUGCCCAACGAUAUGGCAAGACCAAUACACUCGUGGUGACAGAGGACAUCCGACGAUUAUGCUUGAAGCGCUUCUUCAAGAUAAUGCUCCCGCGGUAAAUUGCACCGCUAAUGGCUUAGAGUUUACAAAGAAUUACUAUCUAAGUGACGGUAUCUAUUCAGAAUGGGCUACACUUGUGAAGUUUUUCAAGUGUCCUAUGGACCCCAAGACCAGUAAAUUCAAACGCUUCCAAGAAUCUGCAAGAAAAGACUUAGAGCGUGCAUUUGGGGUACUUCAAGGUUGA